AUGCCGCCGCCGGGAGCGGCGGCGCCGCUGCCGGAGCCUGAGAACAGCGAGGCGUGGGUGUGGAGCCAGAUCGAGACGGAGGUACGCCGCGACGCCGAGUCGGAGCCAGCGCUCGCCAGCUACCUCUACGCCACGGUGCUCUCCCACGCGUCCCUCGCCCGGUCCCUCGCCUUCCACCUCGCGAACAGGCUCUGCUCCUCCACGCUGCUCUCCACACUCCUCUACGACAUCUUCCUCCAGGCCUACGCCGAUCACCCUUCCCUCGCCGCCUCCGCCGUCGCCGAUCUCGUCGCCGCGCGCCUCCGCGAUCCCGCCUGCGACUCCUUCUCCCGCUGCCUCCUCAACUACAAAGGAUUCCUCGCCAUCCAGGCCCAGCGGGUGGCGCACGUCCUCUGGAACCAGCGGCGCCGCCCGCUCGCGCUCGCGCUCCAGUCUCGGAUCUCCGAGGUCUUUUCCGUGGACAUUCAUCCCGCCGCCAGGAUCGGCAGCGGGAUCCUCCUCGACCACGCCACGGGAGUGGUGAUCGGAGAGACCGCCGUCGUCGGCAACAACGUGUCGAUCCUCCACAACGUGACGCUUGGCGGCACCGGCAAGGCCGUCGGCGACCGGCAUCCAAAGAUCGGCGACGGCGUGCUGAUCGGCGCCGGCGCGACGAUCCUGGGGAACGUGAGGAUCGGCGAAGGGGCGAAGGUCGGUGCGGGCUCUCUGGUGCUCAUCGACGUGCCGCCGCGAACCACCGCCGUCGGCAACCCCGCGAGGAUCGUCGGCGGACGUUCCAAGCUCGACGAAAUCCCCGGCGAGUCCAUGGACCACACCUCCUUCAUCUCCGACUGGUCCGACUAUACUAUCUGA